ACUAAUCCGAAAAAUUCGCAGCUUGUUUGUAGUAUCGGCGAGUUCAACUUCCCGGAAAAUGGAAACGGAGUUGAUCCUCGGCCGCCAUUAACAGUAAAAAAAAAUCAUCCAGGUUUUCUUUGUUAUUUUCUUUCAAUUUUCUUGGACGCGAUUCAAACGCGACUUGCGACCGCGAUUCUACUAAAUUGCGUCGCAGCAGUAAAUAUCAACUCCUCACCGUGAUUCCCCGGUUAGCCUCUAAAACGGUUCAAUUAUCAACAUAGUUUAAUUUGUUAUCACUUGUAUUGUAAUUGAGACUGUUUUUCCUCAUUAGCAACUAGAAUUCUGAAUUGUUGUGUGUAAUACUAAUAACAUUGUUUGUAUAACAAGUUUUUAAUGGAAGAUUUAGGGUCUAACCGUUUUGAUGGUAUAACCACUGCUGUGAGAAGGAAGAGAAGCCAAACUUCUCGUCGGCCGCGGCCUGAUUCGCAGCCUGUUCCUGAUCCUGAAUUUCAUGAUGAACUGACUCCAUCAUCAUCAACACCUCCUUCAGAGGAUGUUGAUAAGGUCACUAGUGAUGAGAAUGUUGGUUAUGAUAAUGACAAUAAUACAAAAAGAAAAGAAUUUAAUCUGAAUCAGUGUGUUACUCAUACUUCUUCUGUUGUUGGAGCAGAAGAAGAUGAUGAUGAUAAAUUGCUUAGAAGAAAAAGUAAAAAAGAUGGAGGGUUCCAUGGAUUUUACAAUAGUGAGUCUGGACGUAGUGGUUUGUACAAUAGACGUAGUAGCGAAGGUGUUCUUGCUCCUGCGAAUUGGAAAGGUUCGAGUAAGGUUAAGGAUGGUUUGGAUUCGGAGUCAAAAAAUGCUGAUAUCUACGUUGGAAGGAAUUCUGAGAGUAUGAGUUUAGGGCAGUUUGGUGUUUCUCAGGAUGGAUUGGGGAAUGAGAAUAGGGUUAAGAAGGUUAAACUCAAGGUUGGUGGUGUGACGCGUACUAUACAAGCUAACUCUGCUUCUAAUAGUGCAUCGGGAAGUGGAUCGAAUUCAAAAAGCUCUCGGUUAUCGGAUGCCUCCAGACCGCGCCAAAAGCAACAGAGUAAUUCAGACGAUAAUAAUUCUCCAUCUGAUAAGAGGAGCGGCCUCCAAGGCCUUCCGUGGAAGGAUUUCUCAAGGGGUGGUUUUGGUCUUGGGAAGGGGGAGUCAUCGAUGGGGAAGAUAUCCGGAAAGAACACAUCUAGCAAGCAAGGAGACAAGUCUGAACCUGUUCGUAAGAGCAAGAGAGUACCCAAGAGACGAGUGCUGGAUGGGGAAUUCGGUGAUGACGAUGAUGCUGAUGAUGAGAUUCGCUACUUGGAAAAGCUGAAAACAUCAAAAGUUUCUGCAGUCUACAGAGACGAAGAAGAAUUAAGCAAGAAACAUCGAAGACUCUCUAGCGUCUCUAAUAUGGACAAUGCAGCCUCAUCAAGGUCGGGCAAAGACGGUAAGAAAAGGUCUAGAUCUGAUAGGCUGUAUGAGGAUACAGAUUAUGACGAUGAAGAGGAAUCAGGGUCUGAUGGAGAGCUUGAGGAUAAGAAAAAGAAAAAGCAGAGGAAGGAAUCUGUUGAUGUGUUGAUGGACAGUAAGAGGGAAAUGACUCUUACAACGCGUCAACGAGCCCUUCAAUCAAGCAAAGAUGCAUCUGCAUCUAGUACGAGUUUAAUUGAGUUUCCCAACGGAUUGCCUCCAGCCCCACCUAGAAAGCAAAAAGAGAAGCCUACGGAAGAGGAGCUGCUAUCAAAGAAAACUGAGGCUGCCAAUAGGCGUAAAGUGCAAGUUGAGAAGGCUGCUAGGGAAUCCGAGGCUGAAGCUAUCAGAAAAAUACUUGGUCAAGACUCCACCAGGAAAAAGAGAGAGGAUAAAAUAAAGAAGCGCCAAGAAGAACUGGCACAGGAGAGGGCAGCCAAUGCACAAAGGCUUGCAGCAAAUACCAUCAGAUAUGUGACGGGUCCCACUGGGACAAUUGUGACUUUUCCUGAGGAAAUGGGGCUCCCUGCGAUUUUUAACUCCAAACCUGUCAGCUAUCCUCCACCUCGCGAGUUGUGUGUUGGUCCAUCAUGUACGAAUCCAUAUAAGUACCGGGAUUCAAAAACCAAGGUUCCUCUUUGCAGUCUCGAAUGCUACAAGGCUGUCCACGAGAAGACUGCUGAUGAAACUGCUGUACAGGAGAAGACUUCUGAUGAAACUGCUGUCCAGGAGAAGACUACUGAUGAAACUGCCAGAUGAUGCUGUCAAUAGCCCUCCAUUGCUGGCUUGUAUUAUUAGUUAUAUGUCACCAUAGAAAUUUUUAUAUAUGAUAUAGACUUUUAGGCUAGAGCAAUUGCGCGUUGAGCGUUUGGCAGAGUAAUCAUAUUGCGGAUUAUUCAUUGCUCCAUUAUGCAUUUUUUUAAAUGUUGGUAUAAGAGGUUCUGUGAUAAUAGUAUACAGUCAAGUUGAAACGGAUACAGGAUGUACAUACCUGUCUUUUUCCGUUUCUUACCCAGGUUUUUUAGCAGCAAUGCUAGAUAGAAGUCAUUUUGGCAAUAGCUUGCAAUGCAGACGGUAAAAGGAACUUCUAAAAUUUUCUUUGAAUGAAUGACAUUUAUAAUAGUUGGUACUUGUGUUGGUA